UGUGUGUGUGUGUGUGUGUGUGUUGGUUUUUGUGAUUUAUGAGGACAUUUCAUAUGAAUACACGCCACACUACGGGGACAUUUUGGAUUAUGAGGACAGGGCCAGUGUCCUCAUAAUUCGGGCAACGUAGCAGUACUUGUAUAUGUAGUGGGAACUGAAAUCCAAAAUUUCUAUAGAAGUCCCCAUAAUUAACAAUGACCUGACUUUGUGUUAAGCGUGUGUAUGACACAGUGCCCCUGUAGUUGGGUCUGUGUCACUGCACCUGCUCAUGAAUAUUCGUGUGCGUGUGUGGUAUCGCGGCUUUUGAUUGGCUGACUACCAGAUGUCCUCAUAAUUUCGGAAAUGUCCUCAUAAUGUUGGAUUUUGUCAAACCACUGUGUUAAGGCCUGUUCACACCAAGUCUGAUAACUAUCAUGAUAAAGAUCUACUUCUAAAAAUCAUUCUAAGCAUUAAAGAACAGCAGAUUCCACACCACAACUAUAACCAUAAUGGCACAGAGAAACAAUAUCGUUGGAAUCACUUUCAGAACGAUUUUUUCUGCCAAUCAGAAUCAACCAAUCAGAAUAGUUCAAGCAUUUAAAGCAGCAGACAACAUAACUGCAGUGCAUGCUUAGAAUAAACAGGACGAUAUUGUGUGUUGGUGUGGACACUAAUAUAGGUAUCGUUAUAGUAAUCUUUACAGUUAUCGUUCUUGGUGUGAACAGGAUUCUGAUACAGAAUCCUCAGUUAUCCAGAAAACCUCUGGUGUCACAAAUUUACCAUAAUUUUUCAAUUGACUAACAAGUCUCAUCUUUGUUCUAAGACUAUAGAUUUACAAAUAUAGCAUUAAGUAAUGCAUAUAUUUAAAUCCUCUGGCAUAUUUCAAUUUAUAUAAAGCCCAUCCCAGCCUUGUUAUUUUUUGGUCUAUCCUCUUGUCUUGUUAUUUAAAAAAAAAAAUAACAAUAAUUCACUAAUAGUUAAAUAAUAUAAAAACAGCAGUUUGUAUACACACAGAGGGGCUUUGAAACUCUAAAUUACAAUAUUGAUGAAUUAGAUCAAAUACUAAAUUGUGUAGGAUAUCGGAAUCACAUAACAGAAGUGUCAGACAUUCCCAGAAAAGUGUUUCCACCAAACAAGUGUGCCAGUGCAUCAGUAAAUAUCACAACACCCAUCAGUGCUUAAUCUGUAAAUCUGCAGGUCCCAGAACACUAAGAGGAUAGUGAUGUGUGUAUAUAUACAGUAUCUCACAAAAGUGAGUACACCCCUCAAAUUUUUGUAAAUAUUUGAUGAUAUCUUUUCAUGUGACAACACUGAAGAAAUGACACUUUGCUACAGUGUAAAGUAGUGAGUGUACAGCUUGUGUGACAGUGUAAAUUUGCUGUCCCCUGACUUGUUAGUGUUACAAGGUCUCAGGUGUGAAUGGGGAGCAGGUGUGUUAAAUUUGGUGUCAUCGCUCUCACACUCCCUCAUACUGGUCACUGGAAGUUCAACAUGGCACCUCAUGGCAAAGAACUCUCUGAGGAUCUGAAAAAAAGAAUUGUUGCUCUACAUAAAGAUGGCCUAGGCUAUAAGAAGAUUGCCAAGACCCUGACACUGAGCUGCAGCACGGUGGCCAAGACCAUACAGCGUUUUAACAGGACAGGUUCCACUCAGAACAGGCCUCACCAUGGUCCACCAAAGAAGUUGAGUGCACAUGCUCAGCAUCAUAUCUAGAGGUUGUCUUUGGGAAAUAGACGUAUUAGUGCUGCCAGCAUUGCUGCAGAGGUUGAAGGGGUGGGGGGUCAGCCUGUCAGUGCUCAGACCAUACGCCGCACACUGCAUCAAAUUGAUCUGCAUGUCUGUCGUCCCAGAAGGAAGCCUCUUCUAAAGAUGAUGCACAAGAAAGCCCGCAAACAGUUUGCUGAAGACAAGCAGACUAAGGACAUGGAUUACUGGAACCAUGUCCUGUGGUCUGAUGAGACCAAGAUAAACUUAUUUGGUUCAGAUGGUGUCAAGCGUGUGUGGCGGUGGGAGUGUCAUGGUCUGGGGCUGCAUGAGUGCUGCCGGCACUGGGGAGCUACAGUUCACUGAGGGAACCAUGAAUGCCAACAUGUACUGUGACAUACUGAAGCAGAGCAUGAUCAGUAUGCAGUAUUCCAGCAUGAUAACUACCCCAAACACACCUCCAAGACGACCACUGCCUUGCUAAAGAAGCUGAGGGUGAAGGUGAUGGACUGGCCAAGCAUGUCUCCAUACCUAAACCCUAUUGAGCAUCUGUGGGGCAUCCUCAAACGGAAGGUGGAGGAGCACAAGGUCUCUAACAUCCACCAGCUCCGUGAUGUGGUCAUGGAGCAGUGGAAGAGGACUCCAGUGGAACCUGUGAAGCUCUGGUGAACUCCAUGCCCAAGAGGGUUUAGGCAGUGCUGGAAAAUAAUGGUGGCCACACAAAACAUUGACACUUUGGGCCCAAUAUGGACAUUUUCACUUAGGGGUGUACUCACUUUUGUUGCCAGCGGUUUAGACAUUAAUGGCUGUGUUGAGUUAUUUUGAGGGGACAGCAAAUUUACACUGUUACACAAGCUGUACACUCACUACUUUACAUUGUAGCAAAGUGUCAUUUCUUCAGUGUUGUCACGAUAAAAGAUAUAAUCAAAUAUUUACAAAAAUAUGAGGGGUGUACUCACUUUUGUGAGAUACUGUAUAUAUAUAUAUAUAUAUCUUAUAUAGCGUGGGUGUGAGUGCUGUGAAUUGGAUGCAGGAGUGCAUGAUUAGAAUGAGGGUGAGUGUUCUGGGAAUUGCGGUCCAUGGCAGCCCUGUUUGUAGGCAGCAGUACAGUAUGGGAAAUGUAAUCACUUGUGAUAUGACAUUAACUAGUCAUUUAGUUAUGUACAUUAAUAAGCUGAUUGUAUUAUUGUAUAUUAGACACUAGCUGUGAUUGUGCCAAUGCCCAAAACCCAGCCCAUGCUGUCUAAAUGCUUACAGACCUGUUGCUUUGACAUUUGUUAUCAUUAAAAUCUUUUAAUCUAUGGUAUGUAACCGUCUUUUCAGUACUGUCGACUUGCAUGCAGAGCAUAGAGGUCUGUUGAUGAUGCAGUUUCAUUGGGUCUACACUGUAUGUUUCAAUACCUAGACGCAUCUGGCACCUAAGGGGUCUGUUUGUUGAUUACAAUUCUGCUUUGAACACUGUUCUCCCGUUCAGGCUGUAUGGCAUAUUAUUUCAUAUAGAAGUUAAAAGUAGCCCUGUCAAUGCAUACUUGACUUUUUGUUGGGAAGGAUGCAGGUAGUCAAACGUAAAAACAAGCACUGUAAUCCCUUGACCAUUAGCACUUGCUCAUCAUGUCUGUAUUACUGUACACAAAUGACUGCAAUUCCCACUCGCAGUCUGUAAGGAUGUUUCAAUUUUCUGAUAACUCCACAAUAAUGGCUUUGAUUUCUUACAAAGGUAGAAUAGCUAAUGGAAGUGAGAUCUCAUUUUUGGUGAACUGGUAUGAGGCAAACAACCUGGAAUUGAUUGUUUCCCAAACCAAGGAAACAUUAGUAGACUUUUACAGGAGCUGUGGGGUCCACCUACACUUGGUUAUCAACAACACUGAAAUGCGACAGCCAGAAAUUCCUGCGAGUGACCAUCUCCUCCACAUUCAGAUGGGGGGAAAACACCAGUACUAAAGGACCCUUCUCAUCCAGCUACUAACCUUUUAAUGCCCUUCCUUUUCACAAACGUUUAAGAAGCAUUGAAACUAGAACAUCCACACUUUAGAACAGCGCAUAUCCUGGAGCUGUCAGUCUCCUUCACACUCAAAACUUAGCAAUACAGGCCACUCAGUAGGGUUAAUAAUUGUCUAAUGACUGAAAUGUUUUUAAAGUAUUUGAAUCAAUUUAUCAGUGGAUUGUUCUAAUUUCAACCACUUGUAUUUGCUAUUAUUUUCCUUAUAGCUUCUGGUGUUCUAUCUAUGGCCUUCAUUUGUGUUUGAUUUUAUUCUACAUAUUUGCUUUCAUUAUUAUUUUAUGGGUUGGAUCUGUUUCAUACUUUUUAAUGUAUUGUGCUGAGUGGUUCUGUUAGUUUAAUUGAGCUCACAAACACAAAUUUUCGCGAAACUACCCAAGGUAGACGUCACCAGAAAAGCUUAGGCCGAAAAGGAAGUAAAAAUGGCGCAAUUUGGACACAAACGGAAAUAUAAUACAAGCUUUUGUUUACCACACCAUAUUUAAAGGUAAACAAAACACUGUCCUCUUAAAGCGGAGAGAAAAAGAAGAGAGACCUUGUUGAGAGUUGUGUUUUCAUGGCUGGUGUCCACCUGAGUUUAUGCCAUUCGCCAUAUCACUUUUUCAAUUAUGUACGACUCGCAUUGACAGGGGAAUAUCCAAUUUGUCUGUUUACAUAGCAGACGCAAAUGCACAUAUCUAAUUCAUAUCAGAUUUAUUUCCAAAUAUGAAUGAGGCCUGAAACGGAUCUGAGAAUAUUGGAAUCCUUGUGCUUUUUCCUGUUUACACGCUCAUGGGUCAUAUCUAAUCUGUGCCACAUGGAAGGAAAACAUUGGAAUUGGGUCACCUGAGCCAUGUAAUGUAAAUGCAGCCUUAAACUCAGGCGGACCUGGUACCGAGUCCAAAUGACGUAAUUGCACAUCCCCUUUUAAUGUUUAAAACCCACAGCGUACCCAGCUGAUCAUGUUUUAUAUUGUUGUAAAGGUUAGAGUCUCUACUUUUCAUAGAAGUGCUUUAACAUUAAUCUCUUUCUCAUUAAUCAUAACACAAAACAACAUUUUAGGCUUAUAAGCUUCACAUCCACCUAAAAUUAUGGAUAUGUGUAGAGAUAUGUUCGUAGAAACCAUAUAUCUUUCAGUCUUUUUUCACUACAGAAUAGUAAAUAGAUGUUUUUAUGCGCAUCAUGAAUCAUCUAUUUUACCUUUCUGUGCAAAGAAAUUUUAAAAUAAAAAAUUUACAUUGCUUGAAAAAAAAAAACUAAAGAGGAUAAAUAAAAUAAAAAGAAAAAACACCACGCCCUUUUUGAUGACCUCUCUCCGACUCGACUCCGCCCACUUCCUGCUGAGAUGAUCACUUGUGGGUAAAGCAUCAAGCUUUAAAGAGUUCAGGAGAUGGCAACAACAAGGUCCCGGAGGGCCAAACUAUCACCGAAGGAUGAAGCUGCAUAUUUUUCAUCCAUGUUUAAAGAUAAGGAUGGAUUUGAUGUAAAAUACAUCAAUUCAGUUAAAGGUCGAGGAGUGUUCAGUUGUUGCCACUUUCAAAAGGGAGAUUUUCUUGUUGAAUAUCGAGGAGAAGUCAUAACUAAACAAGAAUAUGAAAGAAGGCACAGAGUAUACCAUCGUGCGCUUGAAGUUUUUUUGUUUGAAUUUCGUUUUAAUGGAAAACAGUUAUGGGUUGAUGCUGCCAGAGAAGAUGGCUCUUUAGGGCGACUUGUCAACGAUGAUCAUAUGAACCCCAACAGCAAAAUGAAAACGAUCACAGUGGACAGAAAGCCCCAUUUGUGCUUAUUUGCAAUAAAGGACAUCAGUCCUGGGGAAGAGAUUUGCUAUAACUAUGGGGAUUCUGACUGGCCAUGGAGAAGCAAGGUAACUUCAGAGACGCAACAGCAGUCAGAUGCUUUGGUCAGCUGUUUAGCAGCAGAGGAUGGAACAGAGAAGAUUUCAUCUGAGACUGAUCCUCAGCUGAGACUGAAUGACAACACUCAACAGAUUUCAUCUGAGACUGAUCCUCAGCUGAGACUGAAUGACAACGCUCAACAGAUCUCAACAACGUCUGAUCCUCAGCUGACACUUCAUGAUGUUCAACAGGUGACUUCAGGGAUGGGAACAGCAGUCAAAUGCUUUGGUCAGCUGUGCACCAGAGGAUGGAAAAGAGAAGGUAAAUAAUUGUUUGUAUAGUGUAUGUGUGUCUGUAACCUGGAAAGGUAUUGACCCUGAACCUGGAGAGCCACUGUUCUGCAGAGUUUAGAUCCUACCUUAAACACUGCUGCUACAUUUUUCAGUGAUCAGCUCUUGAGAAAUUAUACCAGAUAGAAUAAAAUAUCAUAAAAACAAUCAAUCAGUCACUGCUUAGUAUUAUUUACAGUAUCUCACAAAAGUGAGUACA